AUGGAGGCUAUCCAGUCGGCUUUCGGCCACGAUGCCGCGCUAUGCGAUCGUAUCCUUGCUGCCGCAAAGGAGAACCGCGAUCAGAUGCAACUAUUUGUCGAUAUCGCCAAAUACAUGUCACAAUAUAUGUCAGGGAAGAGAAUCUCGGAAGACGAUGCCGACCAGGGCCCCGAUCCAAAGAAGAGAAGGGUGCAAGCCAAUGCUCCUGCUGCUGCAGGACCACCGCCAGCUUCAAAGAAAAAGAUGACGGUACAACUGGCUGCAGACCCAUCAAGACUCGAAGAAGGCGCCAUCAGGGUCGUACACGAGGCAUCAGGUGUCAAUCUGGCCGUGCCGUUCAGCAAGAUUGAGCAAGUCUUCUGUUUACCUGUGCCCGAGAAAGCGGCGCGACAGUGGAACUUUAUCAUCUUUGCCAACCAGACUAUCGAUCUCAAAACAGGCGACAGAGCCAUUGAGGCUGAACAGAUCGUGUGGACCAUGCCCGAGACAGCCCCUGCUAACGUCACGGCUGCCGAUGGCUUCAGACCUCUAGAUGUCGAUACCUAUGUGACCAGCACCAUGAGGUCGCUGAACGUCUGUAUGAAAGGUCACGGCAAGAACGUCAUCAUCCCCACCGAGCAAGAGUUUGCAAGCGCAAUACCACAAAGCCAUAGAAAGGGUGAGGCUGCGUACCACGUCAAGGCUCACAAGGGAAGCAAGGAUGGCUACCUAUUCUUCCUCUCCGUCGGUAUCGUUUGGGCUUUCAAAAAGCCAUUGACACUCUUCACAUUCGAGAACAUUGAGUCCAUCUCGUACACAUCCGUCCUUCAACGCACUUUCAACAUUGUCAUAACCACCAUGCCGGACUCCGUCACUGGAGAAAAGCAAGACAUUGAGUUUUCUAUGUUGGACCAAGCAGAUUUUGCUGGCAUAGACGAAUAUGUCAAACGCCAUGAUCUCAACGACGCAUCCAUGGCAGCCGACCGUCGUGCUAAGAAGCUCAACAUCAACCCCAAACCAAAGACAGAAACCACAGAUGGUGAGACCGCUGGUGCGGCAGGCGCAGAUGACGACGAUGAUGAGAUGACCGAAAUUCAAAAGGCCGAGCAAGCGCUGCAAGACCAAGAAGAUGAGGAAGAAGAGGACUACGACCCUGGCUCUGAAGGCGAAAGUGAAGGCUCUGGAUCUGAUUCUGAAGACGGGGAAGGUGGUGCUGGAGGUGGUGAUGAUGAGGAGGAGGAGGAAGAAGAGGUCCUCGAGGAUGACGAGGAGUAG